AUGAUUUGCUCUCAACGCCGGUGGAGCCGGCAGCAGCUGCAGCAGCUGCAGCAGCAGCAGCAGCAGCAGCAGCAGCAGCAGCAGCAAUACUACAGGCCGCAGCUCAUGCUGCUGCUGCCGUCGCUGCUGCUGCAGCUCGUGCUGCUGCUGCUGCUGCUGCUCUGCAGUCGCGGGGCCCUUGCAGCAGAUACAACGGAGGUUAUCCGCCCUUCGGUCCACGCGGGAUCGUGGUAUCCUGGCUCAGGAGCUGAACUCCGCGCUGCUGUCGAUGCGCUGCUCGAUGGCGCCUCCACCGUAGAGGGCACAGUGAAGACUAUCAUCGUCCCGCACGCGGCGUUUCAGUAUUCUGGGCCGACAGCAGCGGUGGCGUACAAGCAAAUGUUGUCUCUUCAACGCACAGUGAAGCGCGUGGUGCUGCUCGCCACCUGGCACACGGACUCUGCUGCUCUGCUGCUGCCGCCGGAGGAGUUUAGUGCUUUUGGUUCUCCCAUUGGUUCGGUCCCUCUAGACAGAGAAGCCCUGAGCGCACUGUUUUCUACGGGCCUGUAUGAUACCGCUCCCGCGGAGCAGGAGAUCCACGAGCAUUCAAUUGCGGUGCAGGUUCCCUUUCUGAAGAGAGUUUUGCCAGAGUGA